GAGCGGGUAUAAAAGGUGGGCAGCCAGCCGAGAGCCCUCGGUGACCAUGGUGCUGCCCCUGCUGGUUCUGGUGCUGAGCCUGGCCUCGGCCCAGAAGCUCCAACCCGAGGAGAUUGUGGAGCAGGACUUCAACAUGGCCAGGGUCGCAGGGAAAUGGCUUUCCAUCUCCUUGGCCUCCGACAACGUGACGUGGAUUGGAGUCAAUGGGGACCUGCACCUCUUCGUCCGGACCAUCGAGCUGCUGCGGAACGGCAGCCUCGUGUUUCACUUCCGCUUCAUGAUGCAGGGAGAAUGUGUGUUCGUGACUAUGGUCUGUGAAAAGACACAGGAGAACGAGUGCUCCAUUGUCUACCAGGGGGAGAACAAGGUGAUGGUCCUAGAGACUGACUACUGGAUCUAUGUCAUCUUCUACCUGCGGAACGUCCGGGACAGCGUGGAGACCCAAGUGCUGGCACUCUACGGUACCGACCCUGGCUGCCAGGGACACCAGACCCGGCUCGGAUGGAGACGCUCUGCACAGCCCCGGGCCCGGGCAGGGCUUCCCGACACCCGCAGUCCUGGCGUGACGCUCUCUGGUCAGGGCGGAGCCCCCAGGCCUGUCCCAUACGCGUCCCCAAUCUGUUCUCAGGGCGCAUCCCGAUCCCUGCCCUUACUAGGGGAAGAGGAGCCGGCCCAGCCUUAG